CCCUCUCCUGCUGCUUGAGGAGCCGGCCGCCACCAUGAAUGACACUGUAACCAUCAGAACCAGGAAGUUCAUGACAAACAGACUUCUUCAGCGUAAACAGAUGGUUAUAGAUGUCCUUCAUCCUGGAAAGGCCACAGUGCCCAAGACUGAAAUUCGAGAAAAACUGGCCAAGAUGUACAAGACAACUCCAGAUGUCAUUUUUGUCUUUGGAUUCAGAACCCAUUUUGGUGGUGGCAAAACAACAGGCUUUGGCAUGAUUUAUGAUUCCCUUGAUUAUGCAAAGAAAAAUGAACCAAAGCACAGACUUGCAAGGCAUGGCCUGUAUGAGAAGAAAAAGACGUCAAGAAAGCAGCGAAAGGAACGCAAGAACAGAAUGAAGAAAGUCAGGGGUACUGCAAAGGCAAAUGUUGGUGCUGGCAAAAAGAAGGAAUAAAAGGCACUAUGGAGGAUGUUUAUCCAUGAAGAUGUUUUUUCAUCAGAGCAUAAAUAAACUAUGUAAAAACUUCAAAAAAAAAAAAA